AUGCUCAGAGCAUCGAGAUAUUCAUCACUAACCUCUGGCUUGCUAAGUAAACGUUUACGAAGUACAGCCAGAUAUGUUGCUACUGCCACUGGUGAACAUUCGGAGCCUAUACUCCAGACCAACUACCUUCAAUCCUCGCUUUUGGAGGAUUUGAAGAGAAAGGAUCACAUCUCCAAACCGCACAGAAGCUAUGCCAAAGCUGAAACAAUGAGCUUACACAAGGUGACCGCCGACUCUUUCAAGGACGUUACAGAGGAAGACAGGAAAGAGGUGUCAUGGUCCUCCAACUACGAUCUGGUGACCAGAUCUCCUUUCGUUACUGACAUCAUGCACCUUCAGUCUUUACUAGAUGCCCUUUUAGCUUCUAGAAACUUUGAAAGAGCAGAAAACAUCAUGAAUGCUUUAGCCCCAUUAUUAGACGGUCCAGAGAAAUUUAUUGUGUUUUUGAACAAGUAUUUGGAAGCUUACGCUGCCGAGGAAUCGACCUCCAUCAGUGACUUGGAAGCCUAUGCCACACAAAUGUUCAGGACUCACAGAAUUCAGCCAAAUGAUAGAACACAUGCCAUCUUCUUGGGUAAGAGUUUGAACUCGCCACAGCAUUUCCAGAAAUGGCUUAGCAGUGCUAGGAAAUCUCGCAGUUUGUUCCGCAACAUGCUCAACUCCAUUGAUGCUAUCACUGUUGAGGGUCUUACAAAGAUCUUUAAAGACCCUUCUGUGACGCCCCAGGAUGUUCCAAAGGAUUUAAUGUCUCUCUAUAAUGAGGUCAGAGACAAAAAAACGGAUGAUAUCCAGAGUCCUACUGAGCAUACCGAUUACUUUGCAACCAAAGACGCUCAAAUUCCAACAAUUGAGAAAGAAGGCAUGGAUGAAUUACGCUCUGUGGACUCCUUUGGUUUGAAAGUCGUUCGUCAUGCUCUUCUAGGCCUCGAAUCGAACGCUCAGCUUGACAUUGAUCAGUUCACAAAAGAGCUUGACGAGGUACUGGACUCUCAUCUUCUUCACAACUCCACCGGCAAGAAAAAGAACUGGUUUGAGUUCUACAAAACCCUCAAAUCACCCGCAGACAGAGAAAGAUUCAACAAGAUGCUUGAUGAAUUUAAUGAAGGUCGCCAAAAGAACUUGGAGGUCAAGGGUACUGAGGGUGCUCGUGCCAAGUGGGCGAACGAUUUCAAGACCUUCCAGCAGCGUGGUGAAAUAAUAAAGAGCAAAAGAAUGAAUGUUCAGUUGUACAGGUGGUACAGUGAUGUUCUUCCACUUGUUCAAGAAGAGCAUAGUCUUUGCCAGAAGCUACUCUCGGGUGAGAUCGAUCUUUCAUUACUAAAUGACAAGGAGAAAAAAGCCAUGAGUGCUAGAGAAUUUUACGCACCUUACUUUGUGCUUCUUCCACCUGAAACCCUAAGCGUUUUGGUCAUCUUUGAGUUGCUUAAGCUCAAUGACUCUGGAGGAAUUGCAGGUGGUAUGCGUGCCGCUAGGGCUGUCAUUUCCGUCGGUCGUGCUGUCGAGCUUGAAUAUAGGUGUCAGAGUCUUAUCAAGGCUGACAAGAAGGUUGCUCAGAGAAAGGGAUUGACUCCUAUGCAAUGGAGAAGACUCACUAAGAGUAGAGAGCAGGCUUCGUCUUCUUCAGUCGUCACUGAUUGGACUAACACCAUCUACAGUAAGUUGGGCGGAAUUCUCACUCAAUUCUUGUUACAUGUCGCUAAAGUGGAAGUGACUGGUACUAAUCCAACUACCGGAGUACAGAUCAAGGGUCUUCAGCCUGCAUUCCAUCAUACUUUCCAGUACACAGCCGGACAGAAAAUUGGAGUGAUCAACUUGCAUAAAAACGUCAUCAAAAUGCUUGGAGGCGAUCAAGAGUCCAACUUGGUUCAUCCUUCGCUACUUCCAAUGUUGGUUUCUCCAAGACCAUGGACCUCUCACAAUCAGGGAGGCUACUCCUACACCCCAUCCAACAUUGUUAGAAUCAAGGACUCUGCGGAAACUACUGCUUACGUGAAAGCGGCCGCCGAUGCUGAAAACCUAGAGGAGAUUUACAGUGGUCUUAACAUCCUUGGUGAAACUGCCUGGACGGUUAAUCAAAAGCUCCUUAAUAUUGUUUCAAAGUGCUGGAAUACGGGUGAAGAGUUCUUGGACAUUCCACCAGCAAUAGAAGAUGUACCAAUACCUCCUCCACCAAACUACGGUGCAGAUCCUGCUGAAAGAGUGGAAUACGCCAACAGAGUCAGAGCGAUUGCUAACAAAGCUGCCUCUGAAAGAUCCCAAAGGUGUGACAUCAACUAUAAGUUGGAAAUCGCUAGAGCUUUCGUCGGAGAGAGAAUGUUCUUCCCUCAUAACGUUGACUUCAGAGGAAGAGCCUAUCCUAUUUCGCCAAAUUUCAAUCACUUGGGUAACGACAUGACUAGAUCCCUUUUCUUGUUUUGGGAUGGCCAUGAGCUUGGCGAGCAAGGUCUCAGAUGGUUGAAGAUUCAGCUUGCCAACGUCUUUGGAAAGGACAAAGCGACGUUGGAAGACCGUGUACGGUUUGUGGAUGAAAACAUGGAGAACAUCUUUGAGUCCGCUAAAGACCCAUUAGGCGAAGGCAAAUGGUGGAUGAAGGGUGAGAAGCCAUGGCAAGUUUUGAGUGUUUGUUUCGAAUUGCAAGAGGCUUACCAGCUCGACGAUCCAACGAAGUUCGUUUCUCACAUUCCUGUUCACCAGGAUGGUACUUGUAAUGGUCUUCAGCAUUAUGCCGCUUUGGGAGGUGAUAUCGAGGGAGCAGCCCAGGUGAACUUGGUACCUGCUGAUAAGCCUCAAGAUGUCUACCAGCAUGUUGCAGGGUUAGUUGAGAAACGUUUGGCUACUGAAGCCGAGGCUGGUGAUAAGCGUGCCAUCUUCUUGCAGGGCAAGAUUAGGAGAAAGGUUGUGAAACAGACCGUCAUGACUAACGUUUACGGUGUUACUUACGUUGGAGCAGUUGCUCAAAUUGAAAAGCAGAUAGGCUCUUUGUUCGACACCGGUGAUAGAGACGCCAUUUCCACGCAUGCUCGUUACUUGACGACGCUCGUCUUUGCAUCGAUCAGAGAGUUGUUCGAAGGUGCCCAUUGCAUUCAGGAUUGGCUAGGAGAAGCCGCCAAACGUAUCAGUAAGUCUAUGAGACCAGACUUCCUGCAAGUGGACGAAAGCGGUGGCAGCAGGCCAAGCUACUUAUCAUCGGUGAUCUGGACUAGUCCUCUUGGCUUGCCUUGCGUUCAGCCUUACAGAACACUCAAGACCAAAACUAUCAGAACAAGUUUGCAGGAUGUGUCGGUGUCAGAUCCAUUUGGCGCCUCACAGGUUGACUCGAGAAAACAGCAAGCUGCUUUCCCUCCAAACUUUGUCCAUUCCUUAGACGCUACGCAUAUGUUGAUGACUGCAAAGGCUUGUGGUCAAGACAAUCUUACCUUUGCAUCUGUCCAUGACAGUUAUUGGACGCACGCCAGACAUGUCGAUGACAUGAACAAACACAUCAGAGAGCAGUUUGUCAAGUUACACGAAGAUGAUCUUAUUCAAAAGUUGAAAGAGGAGUUUGAGAGACGUUACGAAGGCUUUUUGCAAGUCUUGUGUAUUCCUAUCGAUCAUGAACUCACCGCAGAAAUCAAGGAAGUGAGGAAGAAUAUCGUCAAGCAGCUUGGUAGAGCGCUCACUGUUGCUGACGAGGUUCUCAUUGAACAAGAGAGACUCCAAUUGCUUCGGUCUGACAAACCAUCAGACGUCGCAAAGGGCAAAGCUAUGAAGACCACGAUCAGCGUCACUGAAGGCUAUGAUGUUAAUGAUAUCGCUGUUACCCGUAGCGUGGGUGCCUUCCAAAUUCUUGCUCCGCUUGUUUUUCCUCAGGUUCCAAAAAGAGGAAGCCUCGACGUGAAGGUCGUGAAAGACCUGAAAUAUUUCUUUUCGUGA